GUUAUUUAAUUCAAGUUUGCGUUGAGUUCAGACGGAUUCUUCAAAAGAACGAAAGAAAGAUUGAAAAAGACGAAUGGCGAGAUAUCUUUUACUCUGCCUGAUUGGCAUUUGGUUGGUGGCCACAGUGAGUAGCGGUCUAGUUCGUCAUGAUUCGAAAAAGCGUGACCCACCAGCAAACAACUCGCCGGAAAUGACCGGUAACGUGGCAGAUUUAUCGAAAGAAAAAGAUAAAACCUACACCGUGAACGGGCACAAGGUUUUCAGGUACAAUGAUGUCGAGAUCGACGAGAACGUGGUGAAGGAGCUUUUCGACAAGGGAAGGCAAAGAUCGACCUCCGGUGAAACACAAAGGCAGAAACGAGCAGCCAUCGUCAGUGACAAGAAGAAAAGAUGGCCAAGAAUAGCUCUUGUCCCGUACGAAAUAGUGACAGCGGAUUUUAAUGAGGCCCAAAUCAAAGACAUCAUCGCUACAUUUGCUUUUUUGGAAACUGAGACGUGUAUUGCCUUCCGUGAGAAAACGAAUAAUGAUGUUAACUAUGUCAAGAUUGCUGACUGCGGUGACGGAUGCUGGGCCCAUCUCGGAAAAAUGGACGGCCCCAAUUGGCAAAAGGUCUGCCUCGGAGAUGGGUGCAAAUGGCCUGGGCUGUACGCCCACGAACUCGGCCACACCCUAGGCCUGCAACACGAGCAUCAGCGCCCGGACCGAGACGACAAAAUCUUUAUUCAUCCAGAGAAUAUCCGAAAUGGCUCCGAGGAUGCCUUUGAAAAGUUCAAAGCUGAUAGCGUACUGACAACCAGAUAUGACUUUGCGUCAGCGAUGCACUAUGAACGAACUUCUUUCGCCAAUCCCGGAACGAACACUAUCACAGCUAAGAAAGACUGGAACAACGAAAAGCUUGGAGGUGUCUGGUGGAAGAUGUACUCGUACCACGAUGUGCGGCUGUUGAAUAGGGCGUACGGUUGUAAUGCUUUCUGCAAAGAUGUCGAGUGCGAGCGUGGCUACGUCAACAAAGACUGUAAAUGUGUCACUUUCGAGGAGUACUAUGCGACAUAUUGCAAAAACGAGUAUUGGAAUGACGACCAGUGUGAUGGCUGGGCCAGCACUGGAGAGUGCCAGAAGAACCCAGGCUGGAUGUAUUUCAGGUGCAAGAAGUCGUGCAAGGCAUGCUAUAAUGACCCUAAACCGACCAAAGCAGACGAUUAGCCAUGGAAAAACGACGGAAAUCCUUCCCCAAAGUGGUCUCAGGGUCUGGGUGACUGGUAGUUUCGGAAUUCUAUGUAGAAUAUGUCACUGUGGAGCCAUGAACAUUUGGCGAACAUAAGAAGUUAUAUACAUGUAUGAACAAAA